AUGUCUCCCGCCAAGGUCAUCUCAUCCUCGCCUGCCACUUUGGAGAGCUUCCCUCAUAUUCAUGAUGACCCUGCUACCCUUCCCCAUUCCCUGGACCCCUUCACUGUGACUACGUCUACUGGGUUUCUUCCUUACCUUACAUCUCCUACGACCCUCCCCGAUGCCUUCAAGCCUUUGAUGUCCUUGCUUGAUCGCCUCCCUGUCGUCAGGCAUGAUGGCACCCCAGGCCUGUUAGCCACCUAUGAGCUAGGUCCAGCUGUGGACAAGGAACUUCCUGAUUUGACUGAUGAGGUCGAGAAGCUGGUCACUGUCGCCGGCAAACUAGACCUAUAUACCAUCAUGGCUGUCUUUCGCGACUAUUCUUUUCUUGCCUCUUCUUACCUGCUUGAGCCGUGCUGGAAGAACUGGUGUACGGACCCCGAGGGUGGUUAUGGUCUAGGCCGCGAAUUCCUGCCCAAGUCUGUGGCGAGGCCAUUGUAUCGCUGCGGACAGAUCUUGGACAUCCCCCCUUUCAUGUCUUAUGCAGCUUCGUACGCCCUGUUCAAUUACACCCUCGACGACCCGUCUAAAGGCCUGGUUUAUUCCAACCUCCGUUUGGUCCGUGCAUUUGAGCGCGGUCUUGACCAUCGCAGUUCGGAGGCGGGGUUCAUCCUUACUCACAUUGACAUGGUGAAAGAUACACCCGGCCUUAUCAGCGGUGCUCUUCAGGUCAUCGACACCCUCCAGCAGGGUGGCUGUCGAUCUGAGGUCAACAACGGGUUUCGGGAGAUUUUGGCUUCGAUGGAGAAGAUUGAGGCUGGUAUGGAAGAUAUGUGGGCCAACUCUAAACCGUCUGAUUACCUUUCUUUCCGCGUUUUUAUCUUUGGGAUCACAUCACAGUCCAUGUUCCCAAAUGGCGUCGUAUAUGGUGGAGUCGAAGAUAACAAGCCUCUUUACUUCCGUGGUGAGAGCGGCGCCAAUGAUAGCAUAAUUCCGCUCCUGGACCACCUUCUUCAGAUCCCUAUGCCAGAAACACCUCUCACAAAGAUUCUUCACGAAUUCCGCGCCUACCGACCUCUACCCCACAGGACAUUCCUCGCUCACGUCCGUACUAAAGCAGAGGAGUUGGGUGUCCGUGACUUCGCUGUCCAGGAUACCGAGACUGCCAUACUCUUUCUUCGGACGUUAAACCAUGUGCGCAGUUUCCGAUGGAGGCACUGGCUGUUCGCAAGGGAAUAUAUUAUUCGUCGGAGCCCUCAUCCAACUGCCACUGGAGGAAGCCCAAUCGUAACGUGGCUUCCAAACCAACUAUCUGCAGUCAUGGAUAUGAUGAUUUCUAUCUACGAGAGUGUCCUUGCGCCGUACAAAGCUCAGGGUAUUGCGGGGUAUGAUGGCUCCCGUCAGAAGCUGGUUGAGCCUAUGAUGGAGCUGGUUAGGGACCAGAGGGAGAAGCUGGCAAAGGAAGUUGAGAAAUGGUGCAAGGAGAGGGGGGUUUGA